AUGGUUCACAUAUCAACUAACCUUUUUGAAGAAAAUGGUCCUUCUGUUUAUGAUGUUAAUUAUGUGAGUUUCAACAUGGAAGCUAUGAGAGAUGUUCUGAUUUCUAGUCUUGAAAAUUUUUGGAAAUGUAUAGAAGUUAAUGCUGAUGAUUAUGUGUUCAAGAAUAAUAUUAAAGAUAUCAAUGUUCAACGUAAAGAAUUUUUCAGAUUUUUAGAAGGGUCAGUUCAACAAAGUCAUGAAAUUCGUAGAUAUUCAUCAAAGUUACGAAUAUUUAUUAAUUGUUUUCAUGAGGAUUCAUUUUCCAACGAUGAGUACUUUAAGGAAUUAGAUUCAUUAUUGAAUGACACCAAGAAGAAUUUAGAGUCUGCUGAAAAAUUGCAAGCUCAAAUCAGAGAAAUUAAAAAUGAAUUAGUAAGAAUUGGGGAAGAUAUUAAUAUAUACAAAGAAGAUAUUCAGCAUGAUCUGGAAAAUGUUAAAUCAAGAUGUAAAGAUGAUCUUGAUAAAACCAAAUGUCGGAUGAACAUAUCUGGUUUUAUUCGUAAUGUUAGCUUAGCACUUGGUGGAUUAGGAGUUGUAAGUGGGGUUAUUUUCUUAGCUGGAGCAGGAGCAGUAUUAGGUUUAGCGAGUGAACAUUGUCGAAGAAGAUAUUUAUCUCAAUGUGAUGAGAAUAGAAGGCAAUUAGAAAAUCAAAGAGAUGAAUUAAUAACUAAUAUUGCUAUUGUGUUGUCAAAUUUUGAAUCAUUAAACAUGGCAAUUGCACAACUCAUUGGAUAUUGGGAGAUUCAAUCAACAACUAUUUCUGACCUUUCGAAUAAAUUGAAUAAAGUAAAAGAUGAGCAGAAUUAUAAUAAAUUACUUAUUAGAGUGAUCGAUAAAAAUAUAACAGACUUAGAAUCAGAUGAACUCUUUUCCAAAAAUUUUUGCAUCACAAUCAGAACUUUAAUGACUAGAUAUGAAUCGAGGUGUAUGUAA